AUGGCUUCAAUAAGAAAAACCAGCCGUACUGUGCGUGAUAUCUUUGGCGACUUCAGUGAUAUUUCCUUAGAAGAUUCAAAGAUGGAAGAAAUCCAGAACUUGGAAAUCAGUAGAAGUCUUACCAAAAUAGCACCCGGUCCAAGCAGAUUUCUAAAAAGAAACCAGACUAUGGAUGGAAAACACUUAUUCCCGAAAGAGAAUGCUUUCCUGGGGAGUGGGCCCUGGCUCUCUUCAGGUAGAGCUUUGACCACUGCCUCGAAGGUCAGAGCCAACGCUGCGCUCACAAAGCUGGCCCAGAUAGAAACCAAGAUCAGGAACCGGAAGGUGCAGAUGGAUUUGUCUGAUGUGGAAUCUGACCUGAAGACUUCUGAGGACUGGCUUCCUAGCAGAGCAGAUGAAAAUCCCCCUAGAAGGACGGUUGACCUUUCUUCACAGAACACAGACAAAACCUCCCAGAAACAAAACCUCCUUGUCCCUGAGAGUGAGAUGCCGAGUGGGAAGGUCAGUAGGUUUCUAAAGAAGAGAGAAGCACCUGUGGAAAAGAUAUCCCUUGAAGCACAUGUUGGGAAAGAGAGGGAUCUUCAAACACCCAAAGAGAAAAAACCUCCUAGGAGACUGGAUUCUCCAGACAGUGAUGAAGAGGAAAUGAAAGAGUUGCUGGGAAGCUUGAUGGAAUCUUCUAGCGAAAAAGAAGCAUCCACAAAUCAGGGUUUCACCGGCACCAAAAUCAGUGAGAAAGAACAAACAAAACUAGUCUCGGAUCAGAUCCCAAAUCAACUGAGAGUCCUUUCGCUGCCCAGGAAGGAUCUUUCCAGCUCAAAGACAUUUCCGACAUCACGUCUGCCAACCUCACGGUCAGCAGGUGGGACCCUUCGCAGUGCUGGCUCGAGAACUCGCUCCCCACAGAUUCCCAUUUCAGAGGACACAGCCUCCCACACGGCGUCACUUUCCAUCCCCAGCGCCUUUCCAAAGUCCGUGCCCUCGACAGUGGGAGAUGGCAAGCUCUCGUCCUCCCCAAGAAGGAGUGAGACUGGGCCUCAGGAUGAGUCUCCCUCAGAAGCCGCCGAUGAAAGUCUAAAUGAUUUAAGAAUAAACAUUUUAUCCCUUGAUGAUCUGGCUCCAGCUGUCAGUGAGAAAUCAGACUUGGAACAGAAAAAAGGUCAGGGGGAAAAGGCAUCCAGCAAAAGCCCCUGGGCUGGGGCGCCCCCCUCUGGAAGCAAGAUUUCUGAGUGCCUGAGCCAGCGGUCCGUCUCGUCCCCUGGACCCAAGGGCACUUCUAGCCUGGGGUCAAAGUCUCAGGAACCUACGGCCAGCACAGUGAGCUCAGCUUAUUCGGAUGAUUUUGAAAAAUCCCCCAGUCCAACAGCAUCUGAGUCGAUGCCCCAUUCUGAGGAGUCUCCUGACAGGACGCUGGCGACUUGGUCUGAAUUUUCUGCAAGCCUGAAGACAGACUUUCCUCCACCAACUCCCAAGUCUCGGAAAAAGUGGGCCAGGGGUGUUACAAGAGUCAUGGUGAAGGAGAUGGCUGUGCAGACCCUCGAUCCCGCCUUCACCUACCAGUGGGCUAAGGCGGCCGGCGUAGCGGCCACCGGACCAGCCCUGGGAGGUGCCUACGUGGACCCCUCACCCAUCGCCAGCCACGUCAUCAGUGCGGAUGCCAUAGAAGCCCUGACAGCAUACAGCCCGGCCGUUUUCGCGCUCAACGAUGUGCUGAAGCAGCAACUGAGCCUGACACAGCAGUUCAUCGAGGCCAGCCGGCACCUGCAUGCAUCCCUCCUGCGCUCCCUGGACCGGGACUCAUUCCAUUACCACACCCUGGAGGAAACCAAAGAGUACAUCAGGCAACACAGGCCCACCCCGCUGACCAUGGAGGCGGCCCUGGAGGAGGUGAAGAAGGAGCUGUGA